GGUUGCCAGGCAACGGAGACACGGCUCCGUCCGUAUUAAGGAAGAGGGAGCUGACAGAAGGAUCCUGAAAGAACUGUAAUAACCUCGCUUUCCAUUGGCUGAAGAGCUCUUAGCCUUCGCAAGAGCCAAUGAGAAGAGGCACGCGGUUGGCGUCAGACGCUAUGCGACCCCUCCCACCCACGCUCUGGCAACGCGUCUGGAGACCGCGGAGUCUCAUGUUGGACCCAGGGGGUUCUGACUGCCCCAUGCGCACCCCACAGCUCGCGCUCCUGCAAGUGUUCUUCCUGAUGUUCCCCAAGGGCAUCCGGCCUCAGCCGUCCUCCUCCCCAUCACGGGUAGUGCCCACGUCUUCGGCGCUGGAGCCAGGGACGCAUGGCGGAACCCUCCAGUCCUCAGAGGCGACUGCAACUCCCCCGGCCGUGCCUGGGAUCUCUACAGUGGUCCCUACUCUCGUGACCCCCUCGGCGCCUGGGAAUAGGACUGUGGACCUCUUCCCAGUCUUACCGAUCUGUGUCUGUGACUUGACUCCUGGCACUUGUGAUAUAAAUUGCUGCUGCGACAGGGACUGCUAUCUUCUCCAUCCGAGGACAGUUUUCUCCUUCUGCCUUCCUGGCAGCGUAAGGUCUUCAAGCUGGGUUUGUGUAGACAGCUCUCUUAUCUUCAGGAGUAAUUCCCCAUUUCCUUCCAGAGUUUUCAUGGAUUCUGAUGGAAUCAGGCAGUUUUGUGUACAUGUGAACAACUCAAAAUUAAACUAUUUCCAGAAGCUCCAAAAGGUCAAUGCAACCAACUUCCAGGGCCUGGCUGCAGAGUUUGGAGGUGAAUCAUUCAUUUCAGCAUUCCAAACUCAGUCACCAGCAUCCUUUUACAGGGCGGGGGACCCCAUUCUGACUUACUUCCCCAAGUGGUCUGUAAUAAGCUUGCUGAGACAACCUGCAGGAGUUGGAGCUGGGGGACUCUGUGCUGAAAGCAAUCCUGCAGGUUUCCUAGAGAGUAAAAGUACCACCUGCACUCGUUUUUUCAAGAACCUGGCUAGUAGUUGUACGUUGGAUUCAGCCCUCAAUGCUGCCUCUUACUAUAACUUCACAGUCUUAAAGGUUCCGAGAGGCAUAACUGAUCCACAGAAUAUGGAGUUCCAGGUGCCUGUAAUACUUAUUUCACAGGCUAAUGCUCCUUUGUUGGCUGGAAACACUUGCCAGAAUGUAGUUUCCCAGGUCACAUAUGAGAUAGAGACCAAUGGGACUUUAGGAAUCCAGAAGGUCUCUGUCAGUUUUGGACAAACCAACCUGACUGUUGAGCCAGGCACUUCCUUACAGCAGCAUUUCAUCAUUCACUUCAGGUCUUUUCAACAGAGCACAGCUGCUUCUCUCACUGGUCCUAGAAGUGGGAAUCCUGGCUAUAUUGUUGGGAAGCCACUCUUGGCUCUGACUGGUGAUAUAAGUUACUCAAUGACCCUCCUACAGAGCCAGGGUAAUGGAAGUUGCUCUGUUAACAAACAUGAAGUACAAUUUGGAGUGAAUGCAAUAUCUGGAUGCAAGCUCAGGUUGAAGAAGGCAGACUGCAGCCAUUUGCAGCAGGAGAUUUAUCAGACUCUUCAUGGAAGGGCCAGACCAGAGCAUGUUGCCAUCUUUGGUAAUGCUGACCCAGCCCAGAAAGGAGGGUGGACCAAGAUCCUCAACAGGCACUGCAGCAUUUCAGCUAUGAACUGUACUUCCUGCUGUCUCAUACCAGUUUCCCUGGAGAUCCAGGUAUUAUGGGCAUAUGUAGGCCUCCAGUCCAACCCUCAAGCUCAUGUAUCAGGAGUUCGAUUCGUAUACCAGUGCCAGGCCAUACAGGAUUCUCAACAAGUUACAGAAGUAUCUUUGACAACUCUUGUGAACUUUGUGGACAUUACCCAGAAGCCAGAACCUCCAAGGGGCCAACCCAAAAUGGACUGGAAAUUGCCAUUCGACUUCUUUCCCUUCAAAGUGGCAUUCAGCAGAGGAGUAUUCUCUCAAAAAUGCUCAAUCUCUCCCAUGCUUAUCCUGUGCCUCUUACUACUUAGAGUUCUCAACCUAGAGACAAAGUGAAGGAAAGAAAAUAAUCAGAUUUCAAUUUUCCCUAUGGGAAACUCUGAGGUAGCCACUUACCUUGGCUAAAUAGAUCCUCGCCUGCUCAUGACAAGAGGAGAGCAUUUAGGAUAAUAAAGGAUCUAACUGAAAGAAUCCUUGUAUAUGAAAGGAGUUAUUUUAGAAAAGCAAUAAAAAUAUUGUAUUCAUCAUAACUCUCUGCUUUGGGCUCUGCAGGCCACCAUUUACAAAUUAGGUCCUCUACUUCUCAAGCUGGGAAGGCCAGGAGCCUUCCUCCAGCAUUUCUGGUUGUGUUAUACCUAGCUUAAUGUUUACAAGGUCUGGAUCCACCUGCCCUCAGGCACAGUUGGGCCCAGCAGAAAGAGAGAAACACUUCUGUUGUAACCUUGAAUGAACUCAGGAGUAGCUUCUCUCUGGAUUUGAGAGGAGCUAACUGUUUGGAACAGAAAACUGCUGGCUGUUUAUUUUGUCUGGUUCCUUUGCCAAUGUCUGGGCAUACCCUUUGCCCAGACUCGAGUGGGCAAAGCAGUUCUUUCUACUCAGUUUCCAAAGUAAAUGAGGAAAUCCCAGCUUUCUUUUCUACUGGCAAAUGACCCUACCAUUUAUUUCUGCCUUUUUCUUCCAUUCGUUGUGGUAAAGAAAUUAAAUAAGACUGGUUGAGAGCUUUGUCGUACUAA